UUUCUCUCACCUUUCUACUUCUUCAAACUUACACUCCAGCUCUAUCUUCCACCCAUUCUUACUCAGUCUAUAUCAAUCAUAUAUCGAUACACCAUGGGUGGACAUGCCUUUCCUCGCCUCCACACCCCACGUAUAUCCCGAGAACUCUAUCUCAAAACCCGCAGUACAGCCACCAAGGCUCUCAGCAAGAUAUUCCGCCACAUCGUGGUUCCUUCCGAGCUGCCCUCGAAGCUCGACUUUGGCGAUGUCGACUUACUGGUCGCAGCUCCAUGCACUGUUGCCCCAUCUCUCCACUUCGACUACGACCACCAUGUCUCCCUCAUCAAGGCCGCCCUCAAUACUCCAUAUGGCCGCAAGGGAGUCAAGGCGGAGGAGACCAUGUUCUUUGCUGUUCCUGCCACUGAUCAAGACGGUGACAUCUUCAUACAGAUCGAUGUCAAAGUGUGUGAGCGUCCAGAAUUGUUCGAGUGGGCGCACUUCCAGACAUUGUACGCGAGUGCCUCGAAGAUGAUAGGCAGUAUGAUCAAGCCACUCGGUCUUACCAUGGAUCCAACUGGACUCCACAUACGGGUGGAGGGAAUGGAGAAAGUCAACUUGGCCGAAAGCAUGAUCUAUCUGACCCGUGAACCGGGGGAGGCGCUGAGUCUUCUUGGUCUGGACAAGAGAAUCCUAGGUGCCGGAUUCCAGGAAAAUAUUGAGUGCAAGUAUCAACCUUACUGGAGAGUUUCUCGCGAUUGGGUCUCUGACUUCCUUGCAGUGUUCGAGUAUCUAACCAACUUCUGGCUGUUCAAUCCAGCUCAUUUUGCCGAGCGGCUCAGGGAGGAGAAUUAUGUCAAACAUUUGACUGAGCGCUCGCUGGCAUUCGUGAAGUUCGUCAAGGAGUGGAUACCUGAUCGAUACCCAGGCUACCAGUUCUUGAACCAAGAGGCGCAAGACAUCAACCGGUGGUACGAAAUGAAACGAGUUGCCCUAAGAGAGACGGUCUUCACCAAGUACCCAUCAGUCGCGAUGAUAUACUACAAGAAACGAAAGUCCUAUCUCAGGGAUGUCGAGGAAUUGCGUCUACGUGAUCUUCUGAAGAAAACCAUACCCGUAGGCUUGGACGGCUGGAACGAAGAUCUCACUCCACCACGCAUUAUCACUCUGCCCGCCAAUACUACCACACACUUACAAUCAAUGCCGUUGAAGGCACUCGAAUCCGUGGAUUCCGAGCUCGUCGAAAUCUCACCGCCAUCUUCACGACGAGACAGCGCCAUCGGUUCCGAUGACGGUUCUCGUUCACCGCCUUAUUCAGCAUCAUCCGUUGAUUCAGAUGAUAGUAAGGCAUUAUGCCCUAUCGCUCCGCACGAUGUCGCACUCCUGCUGGAGUCGCUUCCUCGCGACCCACCAGACAACAUGAAACACAUCCCGCGACCCCCUCCCUCUAACAUGUCCAUCGAUGCUAAGUUGAUAUGCAUUGCACGAUGGACUUCGUUCACGUCUCAGGGCGAGCCUUAUAUUAGGCAGAGUACGCGCGAAAAGACCUUCGAAAUGGCUUGGGCGGAUAGUGGAGCCGAAGAUAAGGUUCUCGUUCGGUGGGUGCGAGAAAUGUGGUGGCCGAUCUGGAUGAGGCAGUCCAGAGUCAAUUGGGUCGGGAUGUGGAAGAAGAGGUUCGAGAAAGAAGACGCCAGGAGGGCCAAAGUAGAGCUCGAGGCACGGGAAGCUACGAAUAUGCAGAUGGAAAAGGACGAAAGGCAUGCGAAAGUCAUGGAGAGGCUCCAGCUUGUGAAUGAGUCACUCAAAGGUCAUUUAUGUGUAUGAGAGGUACACAUGGGCAGAUUCCGAAGGCACAACAGUAGUCAUUGGCGUGCAGAUGCUUCAAGGUCGAUUAGUAGUCUGAGAGACCGAUUCAUGGUUCCUGGAUCUAUUUUACUAGAUAGCCCAUCAUUUGAGAAACCUCCAAUUAUUCCAACCCUGAAUACUAUUCACACGG